CAACGAUCAUCAACGAUCAUUAGAGCACUCACAUCAUCAAAUCUGGUCAGAUCAUUUCCAGACUCUGCCUCAGGAUGUAUCUUCCUGGAGUGAUUUUUGCACUUUUAUUGCAUUUAUUUUUAAUAACCGAAUCUCAGAAGACCUCAGAUGACACGUUUUACAUGCUUGCCGUGACCUCCCAGGCUGUAGGGGGUGCCACAGAGACGUUCUGCAUCAUCCUCAAAUCUCAUGUACCUGUUUCCCUGGAGGUGACUCUGGAGUUUAACCAAAACAGCAGCAGUCUCUUGAGGGAAGACUUUAAAAUAGGAGUAUACCACCAUUGCGUCCCAUUUCAGGUUCCUGUUGUACUCAAGGAUUCAGAGGCAUCUAUGAACUUUGAGGUUAAAGGUUGGACCGCAGUGCAGAAGAAAACAACUAACAUCCAGAUUUCACCUCCAAAAAAGCUGAUCAUCAUCAAGACGGACAAACCCAUCUACAAACCGGGACAAAUUGUAAAAUUCCGCAUCGUCUCACUGGAUUCUAAUUUUUUCAUCUACAGUCAGACGUUUCCAACAAUAGAGCUGCAGGACCCGAACUCGAACCGCAUUGGUCAGUGGUUGAACGUCCCCACGCAGAGCGGCCUGGUGGAUCUGUCGUAUCCCAUAAACUCCGAGGCUACAAAUGGGAUGUAUAUGAUCACAGUCUGGGAUGAGAAUAAUGGCCAGAUCAUAGAAACCUUUGAAGUCAAGGAUUACGUUCUGCCCACGUUUAAUGUGAUGGUUCAGUUUCCUUCAGUCAUCACCAUCCUGGACACGGAGGCUACUCUGAGAGUGUGUGCCAUAUAUACGUACGGGAAGCCGGUGAAUGGGACAGUGAAGGCUGUCGUCUGCCAGAAUGGGAUCAAUUACUGGUGGAUCAGACCAUAUAGAACACAGGCACCAAACAUCUGCAGAAAUUAUACCAUGCAGACUGACAGGACAGGAUGUGCUCAGCAGGUUAUAAAUCUAAAGGAAUUUGCGUUAAGUGAUUCAUCGUAUGAUAGUGUCCUCAGCGUUCAGAGCGAUGUGGAGGAAUACGGUACAGGUGUGAUUAUGAAGGCUUUUGGAUCUGCCGGUAUCACAACUCAAAUCAUCACACUUACAUUCCAGGAUUCACCUUCAGUGUUUAAACCCGGAGUAAAGUAUGUAGGAAAGAUUAAAGCCACAGACGCAAACUCCAAUCCUGUGGUACAGAAACCGCUGCUUCUGAAAGUAUCUAUCGCUGAUACUCUAAAUUCAAGACAGGAGCUGAUCACAGACGAUGGAGGGAUUGCACAGUUUUCCCUCGACACUGAAUCCUGGAGUCCAGAGCUUGUUUCUCUGUCGGUAGAUGUUAUAGAGACAGAAGAAGGCACGGGAAUAAUUGUAAACUCCGACAAUCUCCGCACGCCAGUAUACCCUACAGGCUUCCUCUCUCUUCAGCCGUUUUACUCCAAGAGCGGCAGUUUCAUUGAGUUUGUCGCGAGCUCGGAGCCGUUCAGCUGCGAUAAGAUUGCCCAGGUCGAGGCUCAGUACGUGAUACGUGACAAUUCAUGCAGACCUUUCAGAUCAGACCAGGGGGGCUUGUACAUCUUCUACAUGGUGAUGUCCAAAGGACAUUUGUUUCAGCAUGGACAUCUCUCGGUUCCCUUCACCUCAGGACAAGCGGAGAUCAAGGGCAGAGUGUCUCUGCUCCUGCAGAAUGUGGACAAGUUGUCCCCGGUUGCUCAGGUGGUCCUGUACACUCUCCUGUCUAGCGGUGAGCUGGUUGCAGACAGCAUGAACUUCCCCAUUCAGCCGUGUUUAAAAAACAAGGUGUCUCUGAACUUCACAUCUCCCUCUGAGCUUCCUGGAGAUCCGACCUCCCUGGUUCUGAAAGCUGCUCCAGGUUCCCUGUGUUCACUGAGAGCUAUUGAUAAAAGCCUGCUGCAGCUGCAACCAAAUAAUGACCUUAACAUCGAAUCUUUGUUCAACAUGCUGCCUUUUAGACUGUUAUCCGGAUACCCAUUCAGUACCUAUGAAGAGGAUUCGUUCACAUGCCAGGGUCAGACACCUCUCCUCGAUCAGGGAUUCUUCGGUAUUUUUCCUUACACUGGAAAAGUCGACGCGUACAACAUCUUUAAAGAUGUUGGAAUCAAGAUCCUGACUAAUGCUGAUAUCAGGAAUCAGUCUGCGUGCUUUGGGAAUUUUCCGAUGCGCCAGCCUCAACAAUUUGAUCUAAAGAGUUUGAUCGGCAAAAUAGGAGUAGGAACUAUAGAGCUUUCAAUUAAAAGGGUGAUCCGCAAAUAUUUCCCAGAGACGUGGAUCUGGGAUCUGGUUUCAGUCAGUGAGUCUGGAGAAGCAACCGUUAGUACAACGGUCCCAGACUCCAUCACGACGUGGCAGGCUGACGCUUUCUGUACUUCACCUAUCGGGUUUGGAGUGGCCCCGAAAACCGAGCUCACUGCCUUCCAGCCUUUCUUUGUGAGCCUCACCAUGCCGAGCUCCGUCAUCCGAGGAGAAAUGUUCACACUGAAAGCCACCGUCUUAAACUACCUCCAAAGCUGUAUAAUGGUGGAGGUGAAUUUGGCCGACUCAAACCAGUUCUCAGCAGAGAUUUCCAUGAACUCCAAAACCACAUUCUGCCUGUGUGCUGACGAGGGCUGGACAAGCUCCUGGACCAUCAAACCACUAGUUCUGGGGGAGGUGACGUUCACGGUGACGGCCGAAGCUGUGGAAUCAUCGAGCCUGUGUGGGAACAGUGAAGUUUUUGUACCAGAGAAGGGACACAUCGACACAAUCAUUAAGACACUGCUGGUGCAGGCUGAAGGAACCAAAGAGACGAAAACCUAUAAUGAGCUUCUCUGUCCAACAGGAGUACAAGUUGAGGAGGAUGUCUCAUUAUCUCUGCCUGAUGCAAUUGUGGAGGGUUCGGCAACGGCUUCAAUCUCUGUGUUGGGAGACCUGAUGGGCCGAUCUCUACAGAACCUUGCGAGUCUCCUGGCAAUGCCGUAUGGUUGUGGAGAGCAGAACAUGCUGCGUUUCGCCCCCAACAUCUUCAUCCUGGAGUAUCUGGAGAGCACCAACCAGCUCACACCUGCAAUCAGAAGCACAGCUGAGACCUACCUCGUGAACGGAUACCAGCAAGAACUCAGCUACAAACACACUGAUGGAUCUUACAGUGCUUUUGGAAUGAACGAUGAAUCAGGAAACACAUGGCUCACGGCGUUCGUGAUGAAGUCUUUCGGGAAAGCGAAGCAAUACAUCUUUGUAGAUCAGAUGUUUGUGGAUCAGGCGAAGACUUGGCUCGGGAACCAGCAGCAGGAUAACGGAUGCUUCGCCUCAGUGGGACAACUCUUCCACAGUGAUCUGAAGGGAGGAGUAAAUGAUGAAGUGACUCUCUCGGCGUACAUCACCGCUGCGAUGCUGGAACUUGGUAACACAGUUACGGAUCCUGUGGUGAACCAAAGUCUGGCGUGCCUGAGAAACUCAUACGCUCAGGUGAACUCAAACUACGCCAAGGCUCUCCUCUUCUACACCUUCACCCUCGCUGGAGAUCAGGAGAUGAGGAACACACUGAUCUCAGAUUUGGAUUCAGUGGCCAUAAACUCAGAAGGUGGAAGGCACUGGAGCAGAGAGAAUGAUGGGUCAGUGAUGGACUCUUUGGAGGUGGAGAUGACCUCGUAUGUGCUUCUGGCUCUGAUGUCUGGACCCCUGCUGUCUGGGUUUGAUCUGGGUUACAGCUCCAGCAUCGUCUACUGGCUUUCCCAGCAGCAGAACGCCUUCGGGGGCUUCGCGUCUACACAGGACACUGUGGUGGCUCUCCAGGCUCUGGCCAAGUACAGUCUGGCCACCUUCAGUCCAGCAGGAACUGUUACUGUUACUGUAACAUCAUCACCAUCAGGACAGAUGACCACGUUUAUCAUCAAUCAGAGUAACAGGCUGCUGUAUCAGGAGAGUCAGCUUCAGGAGCUUCCUGGAGAUUAUAACAUCAGAGCAGAAGGUGAAGGCUGUGUGUACGUGCAGUUCACUGUGCACUACAACAUCCCUCCUCCACCUGACAGCUCUUCAUUCCUCAUCUCAGCCUCAGCAUCUGGAAACUGCCAGGAUCCAAACUCUCCUCUGCAACUGAACAUUACAGUCAUCUAUAUGGGUGACCGGCCAAAGACCAACAUGGUGUUAAUCGAAGUCCAGCCACUUUCUGGGUACAGGGUGGACGUGAAUCUUAUGAACCAAAUUUUACACAGGCAUGAAGAAUCUGUGAGACGUGUGGAUCAAACUGAUGGCAAAGUCAUAAUCUAUGUGGAUGGACUGACGAAAGACAAGAUGACGGAGUACACGCUGUACAUGAUGCAGGAUGAAGUGGUGGUGGACCUGAAACCAGCCGUGGUGAAGGUUUAUGAUUACUACGAGACUGGUGAUGUGGCUGUAACCGACUACUCCUUUCCAUGUGUGCUGCCCUGAGAAGGAGAUUUGUAAUGCAGUAGCAUUAUUAACUUUAGGAACGUUAGGAAAUUCACUGUAUAGCUCACUUUAAACAUUUAAACCAACAUGUAAAGCCCUAAAUGACCACAGUGCUGUAAAGAACGCACUUUUUUCUUAAACGUUUACUUAAAUAAGUUAAAUCACUUAUGGUGUUAGGAAGCUUACUUUACUCUACAGUACAUAUCGUCUGCUGACAAUUCCUUUUUGGGUUUAUAAACAAUAUUAAUAAACAUGUAUUUAUGAUUCCAGUCUUGAAAAGAAAUGCUGAUUAAAAUUCUUGUGACUAUUUUUUUCCCCUAGAAUUAAUCAGUACCACAUAAAUGUAAUAAUAUCACCAAAUCUAAUGCUGCUAACUAACACCAGCAUCUUAACUGCUAACGCAGCAUUACCGAGUUGGUUUUACUAUUGAUUUUAUUGAUUUUCCUUUAGGUCCCAUAAGAUUCUCAACCACUUUCAUUAUUUUAACAUCAAAACCUGUGUAUUUCUCUUUAUGUUGCUUUCAUGCAUUUGCUGCUUUUUUCCACAAGAGGGCAGUAUUCUUAUUUCUCUUUCUUCAAGCUGUUAAACAUGUGAAAUAACAACACAUAUUAAAUACAUAAAUAAAUAAACUCUAUAAUGAU